GGGCAAAAUAACACGUAUCACUUCACCCGGAAGUAAUGGAGAAGAGUUUCGUAGGUUACAUAAACGUGAAUAGUUGUUGUUAUUUCAUAGCUAACGUUUUAUUAUAUAUAUAUAUUUAAUAUAUCCAUGCUGUGGACGUAUAGUGCUUAUGUUUAGUUAACAACCCGACGUUGAAGUUGGUCUUUCAGAAUAAUGCAAACUUUGAAAGGAGUCAGACACUUGAUGACAUCAGCUACCAUGAAACAAGCAGUGUCAGAGUUCAAUAUGCCAGUGCCGUGGGGAGAGAUAAGGGGCAAGGUCUGGGGUCCUGACCAUGGUCGACCAAUACUCUGCCUGCACGGCUGGGCAGACAACUGUGGCACUUUCAACACUCUCAUUCCACUGCUGCCAAAAGAGUGGAAGUAUGUAGCUGUGGAUAUGGCUGGCCAUGGUCUCUCCUCUCAUCGACCUCCUGGAGUCUUCUACAGCUUUCCUGCUUAUGUGGCUGACAUACGGCGGGUCAUUGGAGCUCUCCAAUGGAAGAGAUUCUCUAUUAUCGGACACUGUAUGGGUGGCAAUGUAGCUGGAAUGUUCAGUGCAUUGUAUCCAGAGAUGGUGGAUUCAGUGGUUCUCCUGGACUCCUAUGGAUUCUUACCCACAGACGCAAAGGAAUUGCAUACGGUGAUAAGACAGGGAUUUGAAGGAAUGCUUGAGUUUGAGAAGAAGAAAGAUGAGAAGAAAGAGAAGGUUUACACCUAUGAGAACGCAUUGAUGAGGCUUUUGGCAGCAAACCCCUCUCUCUCGGAGCAGUCAGCCCACAUUCUUCUAGAACGAGGACUCGCUCAGGUUGGAGGAGGGGUGGUGUUCACCCGAGACUUUAGAAUCAACCUGAAAAACGUUGUGCGUGUCAGUCUGGAGCAGAGUCUGGAGUUGCAGUCCAGGAUACAGGCCAGAGUUCUAGUAGUGCUGGCGGAGGAGGGGUUUGAGAAGAUGUUUUCUGAACCACAACAGAAGACCUUUACCUCAACACUACUUCAAGGGUAUAAAGACCAAAGAGGCAUGGUGGUUAACGUACCUGGUGAUCAUCAUGUCCACCUGAACACCCCUGAGACUGUGGCCCAACUCAUCACUGACUUCCUCCAGAAAGAAGCUCCUUCACACAGCACUGCAGAGGAUACACAGGCAGCCAAGUUAUAAUCCCCCGCCCCUCCCCCACUAUGUUAGUUAGUGUUUACUCUCAGAUACAUGCAGUGUGCCUGUAGCCUUCCUGGUGCCAUCCAUCCAUUCAUAACAUGAGCAGUAUUGAAGGUAGACUCAGCGACAUGGCGUAGAUGCAGAAAGUAAAUAGCAUAGUGGGUACAUUUCCGCAACAAUUCCUGGUGAACCUGUGAACUGGACUGUGUGAGAGCGAAGUCUUGUAUCUCACUCAUCUCAAUAUCUGCGGUGCUGCCCGUGUCAACGUCAUUCUGCUGAAUCUACGCAUAAUAUGAGACUGGAUCAGUUUACAAACCUGUAGACACAGAAUAAAUUGCUACUACUAAACAGACUUUAAAGACUUUGAAACCCUAAUAUUUAUUAUAUUGUGCUGUAUCUAAAACACACCAAUACUUUUUUAACGGCAGUCUGUCAAGCUAGAAUACUUGAUGUUUACCAGUUGCUGUAUGUCAUGUCUUUUUAGAACUGGGCUGUUUUCUCCCAACGGAUGACCCGGUGAUGCCUUGCUACUGGUCAGAACCUAUUGAAAUGCAUUCAUAUUUUAAUAAAUCACACAUUUUUAUUUAAAAAAAUAAUUGUAUAGGGUUCGGCUUCACACCAAUCAGAUGCAGACCUACAUGUCCACUUCCUGGAUGUGGCCCAAUGAGAAGUGGAUUAGAGGUUGAUCUAUUAAGCUUAUCUUUCCUUCAUAUGGACCUAGAGCUGAGUAACAAUCAUUCAACUAAUUGGACAAAGGCUUCUUCCUGGUACAGUUUGACAAUAAAUAGGUCAUCCUUCCUGCUCUGCAGUCUUGUUUUAGUCAUUGUCUCAUAAAAGUAAUUGUCUCGGACGUCAAGAGAGAAAAAAAACAUGACAGGUUGUGCUUUGUAGAUGAGAAUCAUAUUGCUUCUUCCUGAGUGACGGAUAUGAAGGAGAACAUUACCCUCUUACUCUGUGAUGGUUUGUGCGUUUAAAUGAACUGGAAUCGAUUUCAUGCAGAGGCUGGAGGAGGCGACCGGAGACAUCUGAAGGGUCCUGGCCCAAAGAAACACCACAAUAACCGUUGCAUAACAUCCGCCUCCACCCAUCACUAGGGCUGUUGUCAUAGCAAUGCCCCCCUCCUCCCCUCCCUUUGAAUGUGACGUCAGAAACCAGAGCAGUAUGAUGAACCUCUCUGUCAUCUGUACAGAGAGAUCACCUUGGAUUAUAUUAUACCAUCCAGUUGACGGUUGUGCUGCAUUAGACCAAUACAUCAUCUGAUCAGUGACUCCAUUGCUCCUCCAUUUUACACAAACAUCAUAUUCAGAGGAAGGCGGGCACAGAAGAGACCACAGGUAUGUGCCGAAACCUGCUAGCUACCGUGGGGUGAUAUUUUUUGUCAUGAUCAUGUGCAGUUACUCUAGCAGCUAAUGUGUGCAAUCAGUUACAGUGGACAUAAUCUACUGACACAGUACAAGGAUGGCGAAGCAUGUUAGAGUAUUUGAAUGGCAAUAGCCUGCCACAACUAAUAUACCUUAACACAGAGGACCAUUUUAUAGUCAAUUUUGACAGGGCAGUUGCUUGCACAUAAUAGUUGACUUGAGAUUGUGAAUAAGGAGUACGCUUCCAGGUUAAGCUGCACCAUGUUUACAAUAGGUAGAUAGUGUUUGGUAUUUGAUCAUCAGCUCACAAUCUAAUGUCCCCCGUCGUCCUCCUGUACCGCUCCGUAACAGUACCAUGUCCUGGAUGUUCCUGGACUGGUUCGUCCCCGUCUACCUGCUGGUGUCGGUCCUGGUGCUGGCCGGCUUCGGCGCCUGUCUCUACUUCCUGGAGCCAGGGCUUCAGGACGCACACAAGUGGAGCAACAAGACUGUGAAGCACCGUCCGCUGGUGGUGAGCUUGAACAGCAAAGACGAAGAUGGCAAUGCCCUCAUAUGAUAUGACCACGCACACUACAGGAAGGACAGAAGCUGACCAUAUGGAGUGGGGCUGGGACUGGAGGACCGCAGGAUGGUAGAUAGAGACAGACACCCCCUGAGAGGUUUGGGACGUGAGAGGCCUGACUGGGAAGAAACAGCAUUGAGAGGAAGGCACUGUGGUCAGGUGGUGUCACCCUUUGAAACGUGAAAUAACGUUUUCAUAGAGAGGGGAAACAAAAAAUGAGGUCAUUUGAACAAAGGGAUAGUUCCUGUUUUCAUGUUCAUAUUUGUGCCAUUUCAUGAUUGUGCCAAUUUUUACAUAUAUUUUGUAACCAGACAUUCACUGCAUUUCUCAUGAUGUUUAUGUAUCUUAGUGCAUUUGAAGCUGACUAAUAAAGUGCAAUACAUUUCUAAAUGUUGAAACCACAAAAUCAGUUUUCUGAAAAUGUCAAUAUGGCAGCUGCUAUCAAGAUGUCUCUCGUUUGGAAGUAUUUGUAAAGGUGUUUGAAUGAAACUGUAAAUUGCUUUCAGUAAUGAUAUCAGUUAUGUGCCAAAUAGAUUGAUGAUUAAAUUGUUCAAGAUGCCAAAAGAAUCCAUUCAGAGGUCGAUCCUAAGAAAACGUUUGUAUUUUACUCUCAUCGCACUGUCCUUUUUUACUGAAGGGUGGUGGGAAAAAAGUAUGUAUGUAUCAUUUUGCACUUUUGACCAUGUUACCAUAAUUAUAUAUUCAUAAGAAAUAACAAAAUAAAUGGAUUUAUCACCACUUGAA